UGUACUGGAAUGGAGAAGGUGAUAUGCCCAGUCAAUCGGAUCUAGAUCGUCUCGUACAGCAGAAUUCGACGAGUAUCAUGAGUUUUCAGUCUAACCUCACAGACAGCUACCACUCUCAGAUAUCUGAACAUUCGGAAUCAAAGGAAGAAGAGAUCAGCCUCCUUUUGAACAAAGUGAAAUCUCAGAACAAAGUGGAAGCAAGCAAAAUUCUUCUUGCCAUGUCAAGCACCGCCGAAAACUGUAUCACAAUGAGACACUGUGGCUGCCUUCCUCUUCUGGUAGAUCUGCUGCACCAACCGGAGGAAAACUCGAACAGUUCGUACCACGUGAUGCACGCGAAGAGGGCUCAAUUCGAAGUGAGGGAGAGGGCAAGUCAGGUGCUGCACAAUAUCGUCCUCUCACAGCCGGACGAUAAGAGGAGUAGGAGGGAAGCGAGAGUACUGAGACUACUGGAGAAUAUCAGGGACUACUGCGACUACCUCAGGAGCAUCGAGGGAGACGACAACAGAAAUGUAGGGGGAGGAGAAGGAGCUGAGAAGCAACAACUUGGAUCAUCUGUUGCCUCCCUUAUGAAACUCUCAUUCGAUGAAGAUCACAGACAUUCUAUGUGCCAACUAGGUGGACUGCAGGCUAUUGCUGAGUUGUUACAGGUGGAUCAAGAAGUGCAUGGUUGUAACAAUGACCAAUACUGUGUCAUGAUCCGAAGGUAUUCAGGUAUGGUACUGACCAACCUGACUUUCGGAGAUGGAGCAAAUAAAGCCCUACUCUGUUCCAUGCGUCCCUUCAUGGAAGCUCUGGUAGCUCAGCUCUACUCACCCAGUGAAGACCUCAGACAGGUGACGGCUAGCGUGUUAAGAAACCUCUCUUGGAGGGCGGAUCCUGCGAGUAAGAGAAUGCUUCGUGAAGUGGGUGCCGUCACGAUGUUGGUGAAGGCAUCGAUGGAAGCCGAAAAGGAAUCAACAUUAAAAAGUAUUUUGUCCGCUCUUUGGAACCUCUCAGCACAUUGCAGCGCUAAUAAGGCUGACAUUUGUCACGUAGACGGAGCACUGGCCUUCCUCGUCAGCACACUCACUUAUAAAAGCAAAUCCAAAACUCUCGCCAUCGUGGAAAACGGUGGAGGCAUUCUCCGAAACGUGUCCAGCCACAUCGCCAUACAGAACGACUAUCGCGUCAUCCUCCGUAAACACAAUUGCCUUCAAAUUCUCCUUCAACACCUCAAGUCUCCUAGUCUUACGGUGGUCAGUAAUGCUUGCGGCACCCUCUGGAAUCUUUCCGCCAGGAACGCCGUCGAUCAAAGAACACUGUGGGAAAUGGGUGCAGUCGGUAUGCUAAAAAAACUCAUCAAUUCAAAGCACAAGAUGAUAUCCAUGGGCAGUUCGGCGGCUCUCAAAAAUCUACUCUCCGCCAAGCCGUCUGGUGUCGGCUUCUGUGUCUACGGAGAAAACUACAAAAGCAGCGAUGAUGCGCCUUCUCUGAUGGUGCGCAAGCAAAAAGCCCUCAACACCGAAUUAGAUGAAAACUUGACCGAGACCUACGAUAUAACGGACAGUCCAAAAACAAGUCCAGUGAAGCAAGCGAACACUACCGACAAACAAAACAGAACACGGAGACACAUAUCUCCGUCAGCCCGCUACAUGACGAAUCAAAAACUUAAAAACGAACUCAGUUUACCUAACAGAAAUAUCAAUGGUUACGGUUUAAACAAUUCGGUUGUAGUCGAGGAGAAACAUAACGGAGCUUUUCAGGUGACAAAGAAUGCGAAGCAAGCCUUAAGUUACAAACAAAAUCAAAAUAAAAACCAGCAGAGUGGGGAAGUGACUCAGCCGGACAGGAAACCAUCAGACACUGAAAGCGGUCUAGUUUGUCCUAGUGGGGAAAAUAAUAAGCAUUCCUUUUCAUCUACUCAAUAUAAUGUACCAAAAGUCAGUAGUUCAGACAAUAUAAACAACAAAUGUAUGAAAAAAGAAAUCACUAGCGGUCUCCGAAAUGUAAACAUUCCCUCACAACCCGAGUCUUCCCAACAAUCUGUGCAGAAACCUAUCGUGAUUGAGAGCAAAAUACCCCUUCCGAAAUCCUUCAUUCCCCAACGAAGUCAGAGCUCAUCCCCUGUGGCUCAGAGAAAAUCAGCUUCUCAAGCAGAAAACCAUUCGAAACAGACUGUUGACAUAAACAUCACCCACCCUAAGCGCGCGUGGACCUCGAACGUGGAAAAGGAGGACAAUGAACCUGAGCAGGUCCCUGUCAACUUCAGCAAGAGACAAGGUAAGGAACACGUCAAAGAGGGACACAAACUAUUCGUGUCUCGAAUUCAGGAGUGCUCAAGUGAGGUGCUACACAGGACAGAGAGUGCGCCGCCACUCUCUCACUGUGAUUUGGACGAGGGCAUCACGGGAGAUGGACGCUGCUCCCUUAAUAUCAAAACGAAUACAGGAGUGAGGAUGAUCAAAAACCACCCAUUAUUGGUGAAUGCCAGUAACUAUCGGGGCGAUGAAGGAAAUGAUUUUGAAUCACGCUACUUACAGAAGCACGAUCAUUAUGGAGACAUUGAGAGAGGGAAGACGGUAGACUUUUCCGUUCAGAGUGACUAUGAAAUUGAUGAAACUUUGUCGAUGAUGUCCAGAAGUAGCUCAAUGGCGUCCAUUAGCAGUUUUGAUCAACAAUCCUUGGCUGACGAAGAAAGUUUCGCCAGUGAUCUCAGCCACAGAAGUAGCGAUAUUGAGUCACCAAGUGAAUUAUCUGAGUGUCAAACAGCACCCUCCAGCCCAGUAAAAACUCAGGAAACAGGCAGAGAGGCAAUCGAACACUCGAAUCACACAAUGGAUGAUCAAGAUCAAAGGGAUGAUGCUGAAUGUGAUGAAGAGAGGAUACUUCCGACAUCCGGUGUAGACGUAUCGACUCCAGAACUGUCAGAAGUUAGCCAGGGAGCACGACAGAAAACCUUCCAGGAGAAGCAUCCAAAAGUAAACACUUUUGAUGGAGGACGCGUAAAGCUCAAAAAUCUAGAUAUCAAAGACGGAGACAUCGACGUUUUUUCAGACAACGAGGAAAAAGGGAAAGAAGACGAACGAAAGGCUGAAAAGACGAGGUUGUUCAGGAUACCAGAAUCUCCCGUCGACAAAAAGGGUUCGACAACAAAUGGAACGGAUAGUGGGUCAAUCAGCAAAUCUGAUGACAUCGUGAAUGCUAAAGUAAUAGUUGACGCAAAAGGAAACAGAAGACAUGACAGGCAAGUGAAAUCUAUUCGUGGUGAUGCUGAAUCAGUGACGAAUCAUUUGAGCUUUUUAAUGGGUCAAAAUAGGAGCGGCGAUCCUCUGGAUGUGCAGCAAUGUGUUUUUAGUCCCGAAGAUUUUACAAUAGCUUCCCAACUGGACGAAAGCGAAAAUCAAGAAAUGUCUGUGAAAACUGAGGACUCUGACAACAGCUAUUUUACUUGUUAUACGGAAACUCUGUCUUCUGGAAAGGACAAAGAUCGCAGAUCUGAUACAUCAGACAAUUUUCAAACAUUGAAUGAUUCGCCUUGUCCACAUGAAACCUCUAAACCAAAGUCUUCCGAAGAAGUCUCAGAAAAAGACAUUGAUUGCAGCGAAAGAGAUGAAGAUGACGAAACUAUGAUUAGGUCGAGCAUUUUAGAUGAAGCUAAAGAAAUAGCUCAAGCUCUGUUGGGAGCUAGAGUGGACAGCACCGAAGACAUGACGGUCAGCACUCUGAGUUGCCUUUCAGAUAUUGAUGGGGUUAGACCCCCGUCUGUCAUGGCAGAAAUAGGCUGUUUGAGUAUGAAUAGUAGCACAACGUCUGAGGAAAAUCUGAAAAUAGCUGUCACUAAAGAAUGCCAAAAAUUAUUUGGUGCAAAGCAUCUGAAAAAAUCUCUAUUGAGAGAACUUCAAAUAGGUCGUCUCGCAACAGAUUUCGGUACAGGUGAUCUUUCUAAGGGAUCGAACGAUUCUGGCGAGAGAAGCAGCUGUGGGUCAGAACUUUUGGGAAACAUCAACCCACCUUCCAUGCUAGACGAAAUCUCUCUCACAGCCAGUCUCGAAGGUUCAGAGAAUGAACAACAGCGCAACUCAGCGAAGGUGUAUAGAAACGAUAGUAUGUCGGAAAGGAUGAAUGAUGCCGCAGCCAUUACAAAACUUUAUGCCAAAGAACUCUCGCAAAUCACGAAAAAUGCAGACACUCUGUCUGAUGACUUGGUUUUAAAUAUGAAGAUUACUUCAGUUGUGCCAGAAAUCACGGAGGUAACGAUCGCGGAUGUCACCGAGAUUGGCUGCGAUACGAUUGGUUCUGAUACCGAAGAUGAUCUGCCUUGUGACGAGGAAGAGUUUGAGUCAGAGGACACUCCAACAAAAAGAAAAGAAGAAGAUAGUUUGGAGAAUUUGACUCUCACCGAAGAACCACCAGUCAUCGAUCAGCAGAACAUCUGCUUCAUGACAGCCGAUCAAUUAAAAGCUCUGCAGGAGAACGCUGACAUGAUCCUCAACACUUUGAGAGACGUCGAAAUCUCUGACGAAGAGAUGGGUGGAGUCUCCAAUGGAGAUAUGCUGGAAGAUGAAACUAUGUCUCUCGUCUCCAACGAAUCUGAUGAAGAAUUAUUCCUGUCUCCAGACACACAGCAAAAGGGAGUUUCACCAAAGCCUUCAUCGGAUUGCGUGCUGUCUCCAACCUACAAUGGUAUGGUCGCUCUUCCUCAGAAUGCAUGCAAAUUAUCUUCGAAAUAUUCCGUCAGGAAAUCAUCGCUCCCUCAGUUCUCCCCUCGUAAGAAACCCAUUCCUCGAGGAGAACAGCAGCAAACAGUCGUCCCCAGCGGAAGUUUUGAUACAGAAGGUGGUGUAUUUGACACUAGAACUUUCACAAGAAAGAGAUCAAACAUUCCGAAAGACUUAAUUCCAUCUAUUCCAGUAAGUUCACAGUCUGAAACAAACUCACCCAGUAGUCCAAAAUAUAUCAAUUCAAAACCAGAAGUAAACAAGCCAGUUCCCAGCAGAAUAGUCGGAAUAUGGAAAAACUCUGGAAAAGUUCGAUCGAAAAGUGCCGCUGACAUCAGUCGUGGCUCCAAACUUCAAGCGUUGACGUCUGGAAAUAACUUAAGCAACUUUAACAAAGAUGAAGUCAAGAAUAACGGGAUGACCCCACAAAGAUCCUUUGAAAGUUCAGAUCCGACAUUCGAAAUUGAAGAUGGCAAAGGUGUCCGAAGACCGAGUUCCCUUGCCCUCGUCCACCAAUCACCCAGGCACCUCCUGAAAGGUCUUCCCCAGAGACAAAAGACGGAAGAUUCCAAAAAGGCAGUCCUGUCUCCAAGUGGCUCCAACAUUCCGAAAAGUUUCAUUCCCAGUCGUCGAUCUUUCAUUCCGACUCCAGCUAAAUUAGGGGAGAACUAAAGAACUCUGUCCUCCGAAUCAUUGUGUGCCUCAUUCUUACAGAAUAGUAACUAGUCUAUAACUGUAUAUACUCGGAAAAAUUUCAUUUAGUUCCUACCUCCUCUUCUCUGCAUUUCCAGGAUGUGAAACAGAUUAUUCGAUAGAUUCCUCAAGAAAUGAUGUGGAAUCUUUUCUGCUUGUCCUCAAAAGCAAGUUUUUACAAGAUUUGGUGCUGUUGGUGCACAAAUGAAAGUUAAAAUAACUGGCAUAUACUAGUUUGUGUGCGCGUAAUUUCCUUUUCAAUUACAAUUUUGUUUGCUUUAAAAAAAAUUGCGUAUUUCCUUAUAAGGCGAAGUGUUUCUUGUGAAAAGAAGUGUUUGCUAUUACAUUCGAAUUUUUUUUAAGAUUCGUGAUUUUGUUGUUGUACUAAAGCAAAACAAAAGUUAAGCAAACUGCUCUCAUAUCAUUUUUUUAAUUGUUAUUAUUAUUAUUAUUUUCACACUUUUAGGCUGUACACCAACAGGAUUCGCUAUUUAAGAAUUUCAAUUUUCCUUCCAAGGAACUUAUGAAAAAACCUUUAUCACUAAAGUGAAUGAAGUAGUCGGCCACACACUUCGGUUUGCCUACUACUACUUCUUGGGGAUGGUGCUUCUUGGAAAGAAAAAGUGUAUUCGUUGUAUUAUAAAUCCCUACCCCAUUAUUUAAUCUCAUUCGAUACUAUAAUUAUUAAAUCUAUAGCAAAUGAAGCAUCCUUAUUAUUAAAAAAUAAAGUUGUGUAGCCUAUUAAUCUGCAUCUAUAGUUUCGAAUUAGGAAAUCCCUUUGUGCAUAAAAGUCCAGUUUAUAAUCAAAAGGUUUGUAAAUCAUAUUCAGGUAAAAUAUUUACUUCUCUAUUCACUUAAAGGGCAAAACAAUCGGCUUAAUUUCUAGACAGAGAAAAGCAAAAACUUUUGAAUCAGAAAUGCAAAAAUGCGCUGUGGUAAUCUCAAGUAAAAAUAGAAUCCUGAAAUGGACAUUCUAAAACACUCUUUUAGGCCCAUCUUUGAAAUUUUUUAGGGAAGUCGACAAAACUACAAUAAAAUUUGAUAGUUCGCCACUACCAAAAUGUGUUUUUGAAUUAAAGGAAAUAUCAUAUAUUACGGUGCAUAAGUCGACUUUUCAGGGCCCGAAAAUUUUACGAAAAUCAGGGGGGGGGGGGUCAAAUUAUGCUGGAAAUAAAAUCGGACAUUCGUUGAUCUUGAAAUAUAGAUGCAUUACAAACAUUGAGAUAGAUGUUAAUAACUCAGUAUCUAUUUAUCCUUUAAAUCACUAUUGUUAAUGUGUUAUUUACAUUUAUUUUCUCGCUUUCUCCCAUCAAAUUUUUCUCUACAUAUGAAGGUUGUUUUUGAAAUAAUACUAUAAACUUAGAAAUUUUUCUUAAGUAUUCAAUUUCUGAAAUUUUUAUAUUUUGUUUUUUUCCAGCAAUCAACUUAUAUCCACGACAUACCAGAAAUUUCGUAAUCAGGGGGUAGACUUAUAUACCGAGAUAUAUGUUGUACAUAUAUAUAAAAAUAACUUAUACCAUAAAAAGAAACCAAAUGAAAACGAACUUUAAGGAACAGAAAAUUUAGAAAAAGUAGAGGUUUUUCUCAGGAUGCGCUACUUUGCAAUUUAUUUUGAACUAAAAAACAAUUAUCACAAAAUAUACGAUACGAAGAUUAGAUAUAUAAGAUAUAUUCAUAUGUCAAUACCUUAAAAAACAUAAUGGGAAUUCGAUUUUAAAGAAGAAAGACAAAAAAAAAGGAAAAAUUACUUACCAGCACAACUGCUACGUGCUGCCAUACUAAAAAAAGUUAAAACUAGUUUGACCUGUCUAAAACUUACUAAUAAUCCUAAAUGGACGAAAAAUUUUGAUAGCUUACAUGGCAUUAAUGGCAAAGUUAGUACUCUAGUAUUUUAAAUUUAGGGCUGUCAUUUAAGAAAAAGUAAAGGUUGAUAUAGAAUAAUCUGACUAAACCAAAAUUUAAAAAAAGAAAUUGAAAAGAAAUAAAAAAAUUUCAUGAAAUAAAAUUUAAAUACAUGCAAUGAAAGAAAGUAUUUUUUUAUUUAGAACAAAUUUUAGAGAAUGUAUUUUUUAUUUAUUCAAUUUUAGAAAGGAAUUUAUCCAUUUAUCUGCAUAUCUAUCUAAGAUAUAUAUCUGUAGCUAAAAGAAAAUAACCACAAAGACAAAUUCUUUACCCUAUUAAUCCCCUUUCAUGGCGAGAAGUAAAAACUAAUUUAUUAAGAAAGAAGAUUCUGAUCAUGUGCAAUUCUUUAAAGGUGUUAUUUAUUCAUUGAUUUCAUGUUUAUGUUCAAUAAUAACUUUCAUUCUACUUUUUACUAUGUGUGUAUAUAGUGUACAGUCAAUGUUAGGGGUAAUUUUAUUAAAAGAAUGACGAAUGGCAUUUUUCACUCAUCCGUAUCGUUAAAGAGUAAAAAGACUCAUGUGAUGAGAUAUGAACUGAAAUAAUGUUUGUGUAUGGAAUGUAGCGAGUGAAACAUAUUUAUAAUAUAAAUUAUAGUUUAUGUAUGAGUUGUUCAAAUGACGUAUUUGAAUGUACUUGAUGAUGAUUUACGAUAAAAGUAUUGCUGUAAAAAACACAUUCCUUAUGAUGUCAAUAAAGAUAUUUCAAAGUAAAA